GUGCGGACUGACGGUCGAGGCUGUUGAGGACAGCAGCAGCAGCAGUAGCAGCAGCAGCAGCAGCAGCAGCAGCAGGCAUAGAGCCCAUGGCCGCACGCGGAAGCACUUGCACACUGCAGCAGCAGCAGCAAGCCGAGAGGUGCGGGGUGCUCUAUGUUACCUGCUGCAGCAGCAACAGCAACAGCAGCAGCAGCAGCAGCAGCAGCAGCAGCAGCGGGUAGUUCUGCUGCGGUUGCUGCUGCAGCAGCUGCUGUCUUCAGCAGCAAAAGAGUAUGCGGAGGUUUGUACGGAGUUUGCUGCUGUGUCGCCGCUGCGUAUGAAGGCUCUUGUAUCUGCUGCUGCUGCUGCUGCUGCUGCUGCUCCUGCUGCUGCUGCUGCUGCUGCUGGAGGUGCUGCUGCAGCAGCUGCUGCUAAAGGAGAAGAGGACGUGGGGCGUACUUCGUUUUAUGUGCUGCAGUUGCUGCUGCAGUGUCUUGCUGCAGCAGCAGAAGCAGACAGCGCCGCUGCUGCUGUAGCAGCUGCUGCUUCUCCUGCUGCUGCUGCUGCUGCUGCCCUGUGCGUUGCUGCUGCAGCAGAUUACGGAGUGCUGUUCUCUGCUGCUGCUGCUGCUGCUGCUGCCGAUGAUGAAGACAUGCGGCGAUAUACAAGAGACACGGAUUUGCUGCUGCAGCAAGCCUCUGAAUUCUCAGCAGCAGCAAAGACAGCAGCAGCAGCAGCAGCAGCAGCAGCAGCAACAGCAGCACCAGCAGCAACAGAGGCUGGGGGGACCCGAGAGGCAUGCGGCGCUCUGUUGAGGGUUACUGCUGCUCUUACAGCUGCUGCAGCAGAAACCUUGCAGCAGCAGCAGCGUCGACUGCAGCAGCAGCAACAGCUGGCGCAGCAGCAGCAGCAGCAGCAGCAGCAGCAGCAGAGGAUGGAGCAGCAGCAGCAGCGGUUGCGGGAGUUGCUGCAGCAGGAGAGAGAGCUGUUUGAAUUGGUAGCAAAAGGUCUUCUAGCUAAUCAGCAGCAGCAGCAGCAGCAGCAGCAGCAACAGCAGCAACAGCAGCAGCAGCAGCAGCAGCAGCAGCAUAUUCUGCAGCGACGCGCUGUGUGCUUUGGGUGUUGUUGUCAUCAGCGAGAGAGUGAGCAGCAUGAAAUUAGGCUGUUAUCUGCGCUGGUACAAAUUGCCUUCGCAGUGGACAGCUACCUCUGCCAGCAGCAGCAGCAGCAGCAGCAGCAGCUGCAGCAGCAGCAGCAGCAGCAGCAGCAGCAGCAGCAGCAGGAGCUGGAGGAGGAUGCAUGCGCUCGACGGUAUUCAGAGGGUUUAUUGAUGAGUUUGCUGCUAGCACUGCAGCAGAUAGAAACGAAGACAGCUGCUGCUGCUCGUGUUGCUGCUGCUCUCCUCGGGCUGCGGCUGCUGCUGCUGCAGCAGCAAAUCACACGGAUCCUCCGGGGGUACCCGUGGGGUGUACAGACACUGGACGAUAGUUUGCUGCUGCAGCAGGAUGAUGAUGAUGAUGCUGCUGCUGCUGCUGCGGAGCAGCAGGAAAUACCAGAAGCAGCAGCAGCAGCAGCAGCAGCAGCAGCAGCAGCAGAUGAUGCUGAGACGCAGCAGACCUGUCUUCAUGCACAGCUGCGGUUGAGUCGCAGCGUAGCUGCAGCCGAAGCAGCAGCAGCAGCAGCAGCAGCAGGGAUGGUUGAUAAAGAAAGACGAGAGACAGCAGUGGCUAGAGAAGUUUACGAGAGCAGCAGAAGGAGACGAUACAGAGGAGACAGAAGAUGCAGCAGCAGCAGCAGCAGCAGACGCAGCAGACCUGUCUUCAUGCACAGCUGCGGUUGA